AGAAAAACACGAUGAAAGCUGCAGAAUCUGGUGAAAAUCUAAAAAAAAAAAGCGUCUCGGUCGAAGAGCUCCAAGAUAGUCAUAAUUAACUCUUAAUCUUAACGCCGAACUUUUAUCAACACUACUUUUUCUUACUCAAUCCCCUGUUAACACUUUUUCUCAGUGUGUCGCGCGUAUCGGCAACUGACUCAACGAUUCGAUCGGUUCCCUAAACCACGGAUCACUUUCUCGACGACUCGACUUCGUUCGACUUAACUAUAUACUGUAAACACAGCAUUGAGAAAUAAGCCCGCUUAUUUUGGUUUGUUUCGGGUGAUGUUGCCGACUUUCGACAAGUCGCCGCUGGUCAAGUCAGGGCGUGAGCCUGCCGUUGUAUCGCUGAAUGAUCUCGUCACUCCGGCGACUUCCAAGGAAUUCGACGGCGCGGAAGGCGGUACAAAUAUUAGGCAAAUUACUGAUGGCUGGAAUGCAUGUCGGAAUUUCAUCUACAAUGCCGCAUUCGAAGGAGAUGUCGUCGGCAAGCCGGAUUUCAUUUCACCGGACGACUCGAGGAACCCCAGGACACCGUACCUGGCUUUGCGACAGGAAUUGGCUCACCUCGACCUGGAAAUCGCUUCUUUGCACACGAGACUGAAACACUGCUCACGUGAAGCUUCGAUACUACGCCGGCAAGUCGGAACCACACUUAAAUCUCCGAUCAUUCGUCUGGAAAACCUCGGUUUGCAAUUAUCGGCCAUCACCCACAACCUCAAGCGAAGCAUCGUCGACUUAACAGCCCGUCUGAGUGAACGCAUUCGGCGCAAGAUGUCGCCGCAACUUUGGAUGUACUCCUCACAUGUGGACGAUGAGUUCGCAUCGCGAGUGGACAUCGUCGCACCGAAAUGCGUCACUCCUGGGCCUCGGACCUGCGUCCGACUCAACACUGAUUCAAAUUGAACAUUCAUCGGAUUAUGGAACUCUUAAAAAAAACCCUCAAGUAGAGAUAUUUAGGAAUGUGGAAUACUGCAUCAUGGAGGAUGAUUAACAGAGCGUUAACGGGAUAUUUCAAGAGCUGACAUAGCGGAACAGCAGCCGAGUUUUCAGCCCACAGGAAUUGCUUGGUGUUCUGCCAUUCAUAGGGUGGAUACUUCCGAGCAAUUCCUGUAAAACUCGGUUGCGAUCCGAAUGAACCGUCGAUGUUAUCAACAGUAUGGAGGCCAAAUGAGCGGACGCACUCUGAUUGCCAACAAUCUUUACUCUUUUAUCCGCUAGCAUACUCUAAGUAAAGGCAAAAAUUUUCCUCGUCUUUUGCAUAUCUGUCUGAUCUGAAUAAAACGAAAACUGCCCUGAA